AAUAGUAGACACUCACCAGAUAGUUGCAGAACAAUAAUAAAAUUAGGUUGGCAACAAUUAAUAGGAAAGAGCUUUUUGUUAAGAGAUCAGAAGAUGUCAUCGACACCUGCAGCUAAUUUCUCCAAUGAAGACGAUGAGCGAAAGGCUCCUACCGGCUUCCACCCCAGCCUCUGGGGCGAUUUCUUCAUCAGUUACCAGCCACCUACUGCACCUAAGCAUGCUUACAUGAAAGAAAGGGCUGAAGUGCUAAAAGAAGAAGUUAGAAAGGUAGUAAAGGGCUCAAAUGAAGUACCAGAGAUAUUGGAUCUUGUGAUCACGCUGCAACGACUUGGAUUGGAUAGUUACUACAAGGCCGAGAUAGAUGAGCUUCUCUGCACUGUUUACAACACCGACUACAACGAUAAAGAUUUACACCUAGUUUCUCUUCGAUUUUACCUUCUACGGAAGAACGGCUAUGAUGUGUCAUCUGACAUAUUUCAACAUUUUAAAGACAAAGAGGGGAGUUUUGUUGCUGAUGACACAAGAAGUCUUUUAAGCUUAUAUAAUGCGGCAUAUAUGAGGACUCAUGGUGAAAAAGUACUUGAUGAAGCAGUUGUUUUCACUACUAACCGCCUAAGAUCAGAAUUGAAACAUUUGAAAUCUCCGGUAGCCGAUGAAGUGUCUCUUGCUCUUGAUACACCACUAUUCCGGAGGGUUAGAAUAAUAGAAACACAAAACUAUAUUCCUAUUUAUGAAAGCGCGACUACACGAAAUGAAGCCAUAUUAGAAUUUGCAAAGUUGAAUGUCAAUCUCCUUCAACUUAUUUAUUGUGAGGAGUUAAAAACUAUCACACGAUGGUGGAAAGAGCUUAACGUUGAAUCCAACUUAAGCUUCAUUCGGGAUAGAAUAGUGGAAAUGCAUUUUUGGAUGACAGGAGCAUGCUCGGAGCCCCAUUAUUCUCUUUUACGAAUUAUACUUACAAAGAUGACAGCAUUUAUCACCAUUCUAGAUGAUAUAUUUGAUACAUAUGCUACAACCGAGGAGAGCAUGAUGCUUGCCAAAGCGAUAUAUAUGUGCAAUGAAUCUGCAACAGUUCUACUUCCAAAAUACAUGAAGGAUUUCUACUUAUAUUAUUUAAAGACAUUUGAUUCAUUUGAAGAGGCACUAGGUCCAAACAAAAGUUAUCGAGUGCUUUAUUUCAAAGAGCUGUUCAAGAUAUUAAUUAAAGGAUACUCUGAAGAGAUAAAAUGGCGUGAUGAUCAUUACAUUCCAAAAACAAUAGAGGAACACCUGGAACUUUCCAGAAUGACUGUUGGUGCCUUUCAACUAGCAUGUGCUUCUUUAGUUGGGAUGGGUGAUUUUAUAACAGAGGAUACUCUCGAUUAUCUUUUGACUUAUCCAAAACUUAUUAAGUCUUACACAACAUGUGUACGGCUCUCAAAUGAUAUUGCUUCAACAAAGCGUGAACAAGCAGGGGACCACUAUGCUUCCACAAUUCAGUGUUACAUGCUGCAGCAUGGUACAACAAUACAUGAAGCAUGCAUUGGGAUAAAGGAGUUGAUAGAAGAUUCGUGGAAGGAUAUGAUGAAAGAAUACCUUGCACCAACAAACCUUCAGCCAAAAAUCGUGGCAAGAACAGUUAUUGAUUUUGCACGAACUGGGGAUUAUAUAUACAAGCAAGCAGAUUCAUUCACCUUUUCACAUACAAUCAAGGAUAUGAUAGCAUCACUUUACGUUGAGCCAUAUAGCAUUUAAAUCACCACACGCAUUUACAUUAUAAAUAUUAUAUUAUCAAGUAAGGAGUUUCACAAUUGUAACAAAUAUUAAUUAGUUUUCAAUAAUGUGAUGGUGGCUGCUGAUCAUGAAACCAUCGUUAGUUAAGCUUCAUUAGAAAGUUUCCAUGGUUAAAGAAUUGUUUUUCCUUAUCUUGUUGUCACAAUAUUAUGUGCAAUGUUCUCCCCUCCAGUAAUAAGAUAUAUACUAAUUGCUCA